AUGACGUUUACGCGCACGGUAUUCAGCAGGUCCAGCAGCGGAGCGCGGCCGGAGGAAGGUUCUGGCAGCGGCCUCAUGAGACCCGUCAUGGGCGAAGAGUUUGAGAGCGCCUUAGGACUGCUCAGUUCAUCUAGUGAAGACGACGAGGACGUCCAGUUUGACACCUCCGACAUGGACAGUGAUCGAGAGGUGCUGAUGGCUGGAAGAUCGUAUUCAACUGUUCAAGAGUUUGCCUCUGCCAUUCCCAACCAUCUCCUUCUGGGCUCUCUGUUGGAGCAUCUGUGCUUUGUCUAUGAGAAUAACCCAGCACGCUCCCGGAAGCUGUUUAAAGUCAUCGGGCAGCGACUGGCUGCCAUGAAUCUCCUUUCACCUUUGGCCAUAAGUGAUGAGUUCAGCACAGUCAGACUGCAGCACAACCGAGCCUUUACUGAGCUGCUUCAUGCUGCCAACUCCUCUCUCUAUCAAGAGAGCCAAAUUCUUGGCACUACUACUCAAAGUACGACUGUAAGACCAAAAGAAGGACUUUUUCAAGCCCAGACGUCAAGAUAUCUCAGCGAGUUUGAAGAAAAAUGCAGACUUGGCAAAGGAUCUUAUGGAAAUGUUUUUAAGGUUUUGAAUAAACUUGAUGGACAGGAUUAUGCUGUGAAGAAAAUUCGAAUUAAAAAGGUUUCAAAAGAAGACUGUAUGAAGGUUCUCCGAGAAGUUAAGGUUCUCUCAAGCUUGCAACAUGUGAACAUUGUCGGCUACCACACUGCAUGGAUGGAGCAUGUUCAACCCGCAGCAUAUUCUCGGUCGUCUCUACCAGCUUUAGAGUCUCCUGAACAACAUGAUAGUUCUGAUGAGAAUUGUCACGGCAAUGGCACAGGAUCUUCCCUCCCCAGUAAAGAGCAAAGUGACUCAAAAUGUCCAGCCAUGGGUUUGGACAGCUCUGUAAUGUUUGAAGAGGGAUCCAGCAGUAACGUUGAACUAAGCAAUGGCUCCUGCAGUGGCAAAGAGUGUCAGCAGAAGGUGGACAAGUGUCCGAUAACUAUUAAAGAGGUACAGUUCCACCUAAUGCUCUACAUUCAAAUGCAGCUGUGUGAGCGUUCAUUAAAAGACUGGAUUUCUGAGAGAAAUGCUAAACCUGUACACCAGCAAUGUCCAUUUGGAUGUGUGGACACUGAGCAUACACUAAGUAUCCUGAAGCAGAUCCUAGAUGGGGUACAAUACAUCCACUCAAGAGGAAUCAUUCACAGGGACCUUAAGCCUAGGAAUAUAUUCCUCACUGGCCAAGGCUGUCAUGUGUCACCCAGGAUCGGAGACUUUGGACUGGCUUGUAGAAAUCUAAUUGCAGACAGUUAUGAAUCCUCUGGUUCUCUCUGCAGUGAUUCCUCACAUACCACCGCUGUGGGAACGUUUGUGUAUGCGUCACCAGAGCAGUUGAAGGGUUCACAUUAUGAUUCAAAGUCAGACAUGUACAGUGUAGGUAUCCUGGCCUAUGAACUGUUCCAUCCUUUUGGGACAGAAAUGGAACGAGUCCAGUGUCUUGUGGAUCUUAGAGAUGGAAAAAUUCCAGAUUCCUUUAACCACAGAUGGCCAAUUCUUGCUGAAUAUGUCAUGAAAUUGACCAAUAAAGAUGCAAGUAUACGACCCACUUCUACAGAGCUUCUUAAUAGUAAACUCUUUAGUAGUACAGACAUGACGAUGAUUCAUGGUUUGCAGAAACAACUGAAAGACCAAGAAAAGGAAAUUAUGCAGUUAAGACGACGAAUCAGUGAACUUGAAAGCUCAAACGUGUCUUUUUCUGAAUCACAUGAAACGUAA